ACCCUGAAACAGAAAGCCUGAGUUAACAAAGAAAAUAUAUAAAGCAACUUCGUGUCAUCCCUCACACGGAUUUUGAGUUUGUAUGCGUGUGAGGAGCAGCUCAGCACAGUUCAGCACAGCUCAGCUUCCACCUUUGAUUUUGCCAUGGAAGAGAGGAUUUCUGCGUUGAUGCUCCUGUGUAUGGUGCUGUCAGGUGUCAGUGCCAUUACUGUUACCAUCCCCCAAAGUCAGUAUGAGUACGCCAGGGGUGACAACAUCACACUGCCCUGCUCCUUUACAACUACAACUCCCAUAAACUCCCGGACAUUAGUCGUCAUCACUUGGUCUUCUUUGACUCAACAAACUGUCAUUGAUGAGACAGUGAUCGCCACCUACUAUCAUGGCCCUGCCCCAACUACUGACAUAGACACUGACUAUGAAGGUCGGGUGUCCAUGGAUGUAGAUGUCACUCAGGGAAAGGCUAACCUGAAGCUUUCCUCCAUCUCACUAGCUGACAACAAAGAUUUUGAGUGCCGUGUGCAGAUCCCAGUUGACAAGAAGGGCAAACAAACUGCCAUCACAAACUUGGUGGUUCUAGCGGCUCCCUCUAAGCCCAUCUGCAAGAUCCAGGGAACAGCAGAGUACCAUCAGAAUAUCAGCUUGAUAUGUGUGUCCGAGGAAGGUUCUCCACCCCCCACCUAUAGCUGGGAGCGUCGUGAUGUAACGAACAACCCUGUUCCCCAUGACCCCAGUACCACUGACAAGGGAGGCAUCCUUUCUCUGUAUGAUAUCUCCAUAUGGACAUCAGGAUACUACAUCUGCACCUCGGAGAACAAGAUCCAUGCUGCUACCUGCAACAUCACCCUUUCAGUCAGGCCACCUAAAAUAAGCUCUUCUUUAGGUUGGCUUUUGGACAUUUUGAAUUAAAUGGAUCUUUGCAGAAAUAUAACAUGUAAUACUA